UCAUCGUGCCGUCAAUGCAUCACCGCCACAGUUAAGCAACGCGCUAACUUGCUAACGUAAAGUAGCCCGCGCUAACCUCUGACCGCUGCAGGUAACACCAAGAGCCAACUUUAAGACGUUCUUUCUGUUUUUGAAUCAAGUUAAAGUUUGUUUUUAUGUAACGAUAACAAGCCACUGCAGUGGAAACACCCACCAUUGACCUUUCACCUUUGAUAGUUUGCUCGGAGCGGAUAAUGUGCGGAAGAGGCCGUGAGAGUUUGACAACAAAGCAGCUUCCAGGAAGGUGAACCCGAGCUACAUGACCCGCCUAACAAGUCCGAUGGCAGUUGGAGGCCCGAUGACUGUAGAUCCCGGGCUUUAGGGGUGCAGCACCGAUCUCACCAUGCAGCAGAAAGGUGCGAUCAAAAUUAUCGAAUGGGAGGACCUGGACAAGAGGAAGUUCUACUCGCUGGGCGUGUUCAUGACCUUGACCACCAGGGCCACCGUCUACCCGGCCAGCCUGGUGCGCACCCGGCUGCAGGUGCAGAAGGGCAAGGCCCUCUACACCGGCACCUUCGAUGCUUUCUGCAAGAUCCUGCGUGCAGAGGGCGUGCGAGGCCUCUACCGCGGCUUCAUGGUCAACACCUUCACCCUGAUCUCAGGACAGGCUUACAUCACCACCUAUGAGCUGGUGCGCAGGCACGUGAGCCAGUACUCGCCCAGCAACACGGUGAAGUCGGUGGUGGCCGGAGGGGCGGCUUCCCUGGUGGCCCAGACCAUCACCGUGCCGAUAGACGUGGUGUCCCAGCACCUGAUGCUGCAGGGACAGGGGGAGCACCUGGCGCGUUUCAAGGCCAAACCCAAAGUGAUGCUCGCAACGACACAGCGCAGGCUGAUCUUCGGGCAAACGCGCGACAUCACGGUGCAGAUAUUGGCCGCCGAUGGCUUCAAGGGGUUUUACAGGGGCUACGUGGCAUCGCUUCUCACGUACAUCCCCAACAGCGCUCUGUGGUGGCCGUUUUAUCAUUUUUACUCGGAGCAACUGUCGUCGAUGGCGCCGAGCGAGUGUCCCCAUCUACUUCUGCAGGCUUUGGCAGGACCAAUGGCGGCGGCCACUGCCUCCACCAUCACCAACCCCAUGGAUGUGGUCCGUGCAAGAGUGCAGGUGGAGGGACGCUCGUCCGUCAGCGAGACCUUCAAGCAGCUGCUGGCCGAGGAGGGCGUCUGGGCGAUGACCAAGGGUUUGUCCGCCCGCAUCAUUUCCUCCCUGCCCACGUCGGUCCUCAUCGUGGUGGGAUACGAGACCCUGAAGAGACUGAGUCUGCGGGCGGAUCUAGUCGAGUCCAGACACUGGUGAUGGACCAGAAGAGGAGGAGGAGGAGGAGGAGGAGGGGGAGGGGGGGGGGCAGGAGCGCCUCGUACCGGGCUUCACCUCCUCAGCGCUGAGCAGGACCUUUUCAUGCAGGAGAUAAGGACCCAGAUGUGGGUCCAGCUGCUUUCCACACACACACACCGUUUGCACACCUGUGGUGCGUCAGGUGAGGCUGGUGGCCGUAGAGGAAAAGAUGGGGGGAGCAACAGGUGUUAUCAUCCUGUCUCCUUUAGUUUCUACUAACCUUUUUCUGCUUUUGCAAUCUAAAAAACAUCUUACUAAAUUGUUAAAUCUGCUUCUUGAAUAAUGGUAACUUGUUUAUUUUAAAAUUAUUGUCACAUGCACUGUAUAUUUUAUCAAUAUGGAAUGACUGCACCAGUUUGAGGCCCCUUUUCAUAGAGCCAAAGUUUAUGAUCAAUUCAUUCAGCUAUUUGAUUUCAUAAAUACUUACUCCAGAGAAAAUAACAGGAGAAUCUAUGAGAAGGUCCGAUGACUUUUCAAUGUGCAAAGUCUAGGGACUCCGAUGCCGUCUUUGCCCUUUGGAGCAUAUUAGCAACUUGGCAUCUACGAGCUUCGGCAGAGGUGUGAAACAUCUGCUCAGAAUCUCCUCAGUUAAAUUAAGUAGAAUUAUUUUUUUAAUGAUUCUAUACUGUUUCUUCAAAAUGUAAACAAAAAUAAUUUUGUUUUAAUAUC